GUCCAAGACUCAGAGAGUACGGGGGUUAUUCGCUUGUUCGCCGCUGAGCGCUUCUCGUCUUCUGACUUUAGUCAGAUUUUAGGCUCCUUGGAAUCAGACCCCUGGGUUUGACUUGGAAGACGGUACCUUCGCGGUCUCAGAGGAUUGGCUCCUUCACCGUGGUCUCGGUGGAAUGUUCCGGAAUGUACCACAGGCCAGAGGAGCGAUACUUGCACAUUCGUCCAACAUCACAGAUUCCGGAGUGGUGGGACGUUCCGGAAGGUGCCAACAGGAGGCCACAAGGCGGUGGUGUGGCCGCGCAUCGUCGCCCGCCCCAUGGUUUGUGGUGGACCGCUACGGAAGGUGCGAAUGCGCCGUUACGGCGUUCUGGUUCCCCAUGAUGGGCCGCGGUGGAAAGUUCUGGAAGGUGCCAUCGUGUGCCUGCAUGGGGUGUAGUCUGCCAGGGCUUCCUGUGCAUCACGUCCGGCUCUCUCCCCGCCCACCAGUGUGUGUCCCAAAUCUAAAACCCUUAGGAUCUCUGCUAGAGGACUGUGGGAGGGUUCGUGGCUCUCGCCCUUCACUCUGAAUCCCUCUGGGUGAAGCUGCUCGGUCCCGAGUCGGCGGCGCGGGCUAGCUGGCUGUGUCUUCCGUGGGCGUGGGCUGAGGCUCUGCAUAAACUCCAGUGGCAGCCUCAGAACUGAACCCCAUCGGGGACCGGGGGCACCCCGUCCUGCAGUCAGCCUAGGUCAACUUAGGGACCGUUGGCACCGGGCGCCCUGAAAGCGGGCUUCGCUGGACUGGACGCACAGUGCAGAACAUAGAGAGACAGAGAACAACAUGAAGGACCUGUCUACAACAUGGAUAUCCUGUGGCUGCUUUUGCUUCCUUACUUUGCUGGAGACCAGCAUGCUGGAGUCAACAUUCAUGCAGACCAGGGCUGCUGCCUCUUCCUCCAGCUGUGUCUCUCUGCCUGGGCAGUUGCUUUGAUCCAUGUGGUCUGUCUUUGAGAUUCACUCCUCGCAAGUGCCCUCAGCAUGUCAUCAGCAGCAAAAUCCCAAGUGCUGGAGGAGACUGCGCCUGGCUGUGAGGAAGAGCCCAAGGGAAAAACACUUCUCACUUGGGCGUCCCUUUUUGGUCACCGGAGUGAGAAGAUUGUCUUUACUAAAGGUGAUGGCAGCCCAGAGGAGAGCCUGCUCACUGUCACCAUCACGGAGACUACUGUCAUUGAGUCGGACCUGGGUGUGUGGAGUUCAAGGGCUCUCAUCUACCUCACGCUGUGGUUCUUCUUCAGCUUCUGUACACUGUUCCUCAACAAAUACAUCUUGUCCCUUUUAGAGGGAGAGCCCAGCAUGUUAGGUGCAGUGCAGAUGCUGUCAACAACAUUAAUUGGAUGUGUUAAAAUAUUUGUUCCUUGCUGUUUAUAUCAACACAAAACCCGGCUUUCUUACCCUCCCAAUUUCAUCAUGACUAUGCUCUUUGUGGGCCUCAUGAGGUUUGCAACGGUGGUUUUGGGGCUAGUCAGCCUCAAGAACGUGGCAGUGUCCUUUGCUGAGACAGUGAAGAGCUCGGCUCCCAUUUUCACUGUGAUCAUGUCUCGGAUGAUUCUGGGGGAGUACACAGGGCUGCUGGUCAACCUGUCCCUCAUUCCAGUCAUGGGAGGACUAGCGUUGUGCACUGCCACGGAAAUAAGCUUCAACAUCCUGGGGUUUUCAGCUGCGUUAUCCACCAACAUUAUGGAUUGUUUGCAGAAUGUUUUUUCAAAAAAGCUUCUCAGUGGGGACAAAUACCGGUUCUCGGCCCCGGAGCUGCAGUUCUACACCAGCGCUGCUGCUGUGGCCUUGCUGAUUCCGGCAUGGACCUUCUUCAUGGAUGUCCCUGUGAUUGGUAGGAGUGGGAAGAGCUUCAGCUAUAGCCAGGACAUAGUGCUGUUGCUGCUGACAGACGGCGCCUUGUUUCACCUUCAGAGUGUCACUGCAUAUGCCCUGAUGGGAAAGAUCUCCCCUGUGACUUUCAGUGUCGCCAGUACUGUGAAGCACGCCUUGUCUAUCUGGCUCAGCAUCAUUGUUUUUGGAAACAAAAUCACUAGCCUGUCUGCCAUUGGCACCAUCCUUGUCACAGUGGGUGUCUUACUCUACAACAAAGCCAGGCAGUAUCAGCAGGAGACCAUGCAGAGUCUAGUCACAGCCACCAGCCGAAACCCAGAAGAUGACACAGAGCCAUUGGUUCCCCAGGACUCUAGACAGCACCACUGAUUACCUGAUGCUGUGUAGAUCCAGGCCUAGAUGUUCCUUCUGUACUCUGUGCUGGAAGAAAGAGGGAAAUGAUGCAGGGCAGGUCUCUCACUCCUUCCUGGAAAUCAGAUGGGGAAUUUGGGAAUCGGCUUCUGCCUGGCAGAGCACCACAGGAGGAUCAAAUGAUCUACAGCUCCCCUGGCUGCAAGUGAACCAGUGUCUCAGUGCCCAGCCUACACUGUGGAAUAAGUACAGGCGCCUGAGUUGCUGUCUGCUUGAUGCCAUCCAGGAGACACCACCACCACCACCACCACCGGCACAGAAGCCUCUUGGUUCUUGACAGUCUAUGAAACAGACAUUCCAGAUGCCAAUGACUCUAGCAUGGAGCCAUGAAACCCUGAGAAACCAGAGUAGCAGACAGAAAAGACAGGUUUCUCCUGCCACGGAGAGGCAGUGCUAUGUGAAAGAAAAGUGUCUCCUUCUUGGCCUGUGCUAUACUGAACUACCCUACUCCAGGGUUGUUGUCCCAUGUUUCUGCUACCCAUUUUGUGACUGCCCAUUCUGGGAACUUGGCGGCAAAUCUCUAAUUCAAACAGAUGGUCUGGAAGCAGACUAUUCUGAAUGGCACAGUUGGCUACCCUAUGCAGAUUCCCCUUCAGGAUGGAUGAUAGGGAAGUUUUGAAGAGCAUUUGAGUGUUUACAGGCUAUGCUGUAAUUAAAGGGACACUGCUUUUUGACAUAGCACAUGCCUGUAGAGGUAUCUCCAUGUAAGUUACAUCGAAGUGUACAUGCACAGCUAACUCUUCACCAGGGAUCAUAUGAUGACUGCCUGAGCCACCAGGUAUCCAGAGCUUAAGGUGGAGUGGAGGACAACAGUGGGCCUUGGGGGUAAGACGCUGAUGUUCUACAUUAUUCGGCAUUUUGUGAGUUGUGUGUGGGGUGCAGUCUGUUGCUAGCCAGUCUUUAAGACUCUCUCCAUUAACUCACAACUGCAGCCACUGGCACUUCUUGUCCAAGUCUCGCUGGUCCUCCCUGCUCUAAGUCUUACGUGCACAUGGUGGUUCACUGGUUUGAAAGUUGGCUUCUUACCUGGAAAGUAUGAAAAUAGCCCCUCAAAGAGAUAUUGGGGUAAAAAAGAGCAAUAAUUAUGUCUACGUUUUAUUUACUUGAAAAAGUCAUCUGCCAUGAGGCCUUUUAAUCUGUAAGCCAACUUUUAAAAGAAGCUGAUGUGUGCUGAACAUCAGCUAGGUGUGUCUUUACUAUGCUAUGUAAGGUCACCCACCUCCAUUGUGAAGAUGUUCUCUCAUUUGACUUUGCCCAGGUUUCUUUGCUCUUCUCAAAAUAAAGAUCCAGUGGAGGAUAGAUGGCAGAUGUUGGAUUAAUCUGUGUAGUAGACCUGUUUGCUCAAGAGCUGGCUGUGGAGCUGCUGACACAGAAGAGCACAUGCUUGUGGGUAUUGGUUGGAAGAGCUCUUAUGGCCUUUCCGCAGACCUUGUCUAAGUAUGCUCUGCCUUCUAUUAUUUGGAAUUUCUGCCUGUGUCCUGUGUUUAAUUAGGAAAUGGCCUUUUGUGACUUGCUCUAGCCAUCCAUCCCCCACAUCACCAGACUAAGCUUGUUUUGAUUUUUUAAGUUUUGGACUAGAAACAAAGACAGAUUUUUCUUAAAGCAAUUUUCUGUAAAGCUGCUUUGAGACUUGUCCUCAUAGGUGGAAAGAUCAUGGAAUCAGCUGCCUCCUUCAGGUCUUCUGGGACAGGGCUGGGUUGAGAGUCCUGGAAUGGCCCUGUUUGACCAUUUGUUAUGACUAUACCAUAACAAUACAUUUUUAAUUAACUUUGUUAGUACUUUCAUAGAAUACUAUGUUCUUCAUGAAUUGUUACUGAUGUAAAUGUACAAAUAUUGACACCACGUGUCAUUCCUUGUCCUGGAUAAUUCCUCCUGAGUUUAUGUCAUUGUCUGGUCUGUUGUAAACAGAACACUGGAUUGACCUUCUGAGCCAGCUAUCUGCUUACUCACUGCACGGAUGGUUAAAAGAUAUACACAUUUCUAAUUUCAAAAAUACUUCUAGGGGCUAUAGAGAUGGCCUAGUAGUUAUGUUUCUUGCUGAGGACCCAAGUUCAGUUCCCAGAACUCAUGUAGAGUGUUUCACCAACUUCAUAUGUAUAAUUUCAGCUUUAGGGAUUCUAAUGCCUCUGGCUUCUCUGGGCAUCUGCACACGGGCUUGUGUAUGAACACACACACAUAUACACAUACA